CACGGUCUUACUCACAAGUUAUAAAAGUAGCGAGCCUCAUUACGGAAUUCAUAUGAUGCUCCAUGCAGGAGGCGCGCUUCUUGGCUGCGCGGCCAGUCUCUUGAUGUUCGCACUCUGUGAGCGAACCCAUCGCUGGAGACAUCUCAGCCUACUUAUAAUCUACUGGUUGUUUAGCUUUUCGGGCCAAUUGUUCAAACUGUUGGCGUUAACUGAUAAAGGAGCGAACUGGAAGCAUUUGUGCGUUCAGUACACGUUGGUAUCGGCCGCGCUCACCUUCAUAUUGCUAAUGCUAGAGUUGGUCGUCUUUUUUAUGCAGAGACGAGAGGCUAACCGCAGCCAUGCAAGGAUUGAGCCUAUGGAUAACAUCCCAUGGGAGAAAAUCACUUACAGGUAUUCGCUGGCUCCGUUUUUCAGUCAAGUGACCUUCUCAUGGGUACUACCACUCCUCUGUAAAGGCUUUCUUGCCCCACUGACGCAGAAAAAUUUAGGCAUACCAGCUCCAGACCACCAAAAUGUGCAUCUGCACAGCCACUUCGAUCGAAACUUGCAGAAAGAAUUCGAGCGGCUGCGUCAAGCAAAGUUAAGCGGUGAGGUCACGUCACGAAUCAGCCUAUGGCGAGUAUACCUGAAAACAUAUUGGCAGAGGUACUUCUUUGCGAUUUUGCUCAAGGUGUGCGGCGAUAUUUUGGCGUUGGUUGGACCGUUUUCAAUUAAGUAUAUUAUCAAGUUUAUUGACUCUGAGCGCUACAGACUACCUGAUCACGAAUUGCUGACGGUGUUUGAUCUCUUCGAAAAUGGCUACCUUUUGGCGGUCGCUGUUCUCUUGUCCACCCUAGCCCAGUCCACGUUUGCUAACAACUUCCAGCACAUUGUUGCCAUGGAGGGCGUGCACAUUCAGUCAGCAUUGCGUACGGCUGUUUAUUCAAAAACUCUGCGUCUCCGUCUACAAAGAGAGGAAGUUGGGGAUACGGAUUCUGGAGGCGUCAUCGACCUUUCUCACGAAUCUCAAGAAAGCAAAUGGAAUCCAGAGCAAAAAGGUCAACCAUAUAUAUCGAUUGGGGCAAUCGUGAAUCAUAUGACGACGGAUUGUGCCCAGGUUAUGCUGAUAUUCACGAAUGCCCACUACCUGUGGAUGUUGCCCUUGAAGGUUGGGCUUAUACUCUAUUUAAUCUAUGAUGUUCUUGGAGUUUCUGCCCUUUUUGCGUCGACUAUACUGCUGGCUGUUGCUCCAGUACAAUAUACAAUAUCACGAACCAUGAGCCACCUCCAGACACGCACCAUGACAAUUUCUGACGAAAGAAUGAAAAAGACAACAGAGCUCAUUCAGGGUCUCAAGCUUCUAAAAAUUCUUGGAUGGGAGCAGACCUUCGUUACGAAAAUUCAAGAAAUUCGCUCCCUUGAAAGGCAGCUCCUUCAGAAGGACGCAUUUUGCGCUGCCAUGAACACUGCUGUAUCGACGCGACGUCUUGAGGAGUUCCUUAGUCGACCGGAAAUAGAGACUGCUGCACCGUGGAGUCCGGGGGAACCUAAAGCGUACCAGGAGUUAAUAUUGGCACAGAAUGAUGACGCAGAUACAGUAACGACUUACGCUGACAGCACUGGACCAACCACCCGAAAUUUCGUCAGCAUCACAGGUGGCACUUUGGAGUGGAGCAAGGGCUCUGAGGUACUAGGAGAUCUCAAUCUGAAGCUUCCUGCUAGUAAGUUCACAGUCAUCGCAGGAACUUGCGGAUCCGGAAAAACGACCCUGCUCAGUGCAAUAUUAGGCGAGCUCGAAAUGGCUAGAGGCAACAUUGAAUGGCUAGACAAAAGGAUGACCUUCGUUGCAUAUGUUCCACAAAAGCCUUGGCUUAUUAAUACGACACUGCGAGAGAACAUUACCUUUGGGGCACCGUAUGACUAUCGGCGCUACUGGAAGGUCAUUGAGGCAUGCGCACUUGAGGCGGACCUUGAUGCGUUACCUGGGAAAGAUCUAACCGAAAUCGGCGAAAGAGGCGCAAAUCUUUCUGGUGGUCAAAGACAGAGAAUUGCAAUUGCGCGUGCUGUCUAUUCGGAGGCACGACUUGUUGUUCUCGAUGAUCCACUUAGUGCGUUAGACGCCCAUGUUGCUCGAACGGUCUUCGAGAAUGCCAUUCUUAAGCUACUCGUUAAAAAGCGCAGGACCGUGGUAAUGGUAACCCAGAAGAAAGAUCUAUUACCACACGCUGAUCAUCUGGUGUUGUUGCAUAGGCGUAGAAUAUGUGCCCAAGGAAUGUAUGAGGAAAUUCGUGUAAAGAAACCAGAAAUGUUUGAGAUGCUUGACUCUGAAGGUGAUUCAGAGCCAUUGCCUCCACCUGUGGCGCCUCGACGGGACUCAUUGAGGGCUCGUUCACGUUCCAAGCGAAGAAUGUCGUUGACGGAAUCAAUGGAAAGAAACCUCGACACUGUUUACCACAUACCCCGGCGAAUGCAGGAAUAUGACCAGGGCAACGUGAACGUACUCGACCAUGCAAGUUGCGAAGCAAAUCGUCCUGAUCGACGCCCAUCAGUAGCGAGUGGAUGUCAGAAUAUGGCGCUGGACGGUUCCGUUUCUCCAAGUACAAUAAGACGAGCCUGCACGAACGUUUCUGCAUCGAAUCAUGAACAAGUGAAGGAGGCAACUGCGCUGUUGACAAGCAAACAGGCGCUCCUAAGUUAUUCUGGCAAUCAAGAAUUCGGCCGUCUGACCGAAAAUGAGGAUCGCUGCGAAGGCUCGAUCUCAUUGAGCGUUUACGUCGGUUACGCGCGAGCUUGCGGCCUGUUAGCCGUAGCUUUAACUGUAUUCUUUUUUGCGGAUAUGCAACUAACUAAAAUGGCUAGUGAUUUCUGGCUAUCAGCGUGGUCUCAUUUCAAUCGCAAAAGUACCGCCGAAUUGUCCAAGGAUGCAAUUGAACGAAAAAACUGGGAAUAUUUGUUUUACUACGCUGGACUCUUACUUACCAACGUCGCGUUUGCAUUCGUAGCAAAUCUUGUUGCUCAACUCACGACGGUCGCUGCCACAAAGCCGCUUCACGAUAGGAUGCUUAAAAGCGUCGUUGCAUGUCCACAAUCAUUUUUCGAUCAGAACCCUGUUGGACGUGUCCUAAAUCGUUUUGCUGGAGAUCUGAACGUCGUGGAUCGGAAGUUGCCCAUAAGUUACCCUGUACUUAUCCGCUUUAUUCUGAUUUGUCUGUCUGUGGUACUUGUUAACGUAAUAGUUACCCCCGUGAGCUUUGUUUUCAUCAGCAUUAGCUUCGGUGUCUAUUGGUACCUACAGCAUUUCUUCAGAGCCAGCUCAAGAGAGCUGCAACGUUUAGAAUGCAUCACACGAUCUCCAAUCGUCUCGCACUUCAGUGAAACCUUAAAUGGACUUCAUACGAUCCGUUUGUACGGAAGACAGGCAGGUUUCGUUCAUCGACUUCAUGAGCUGAUCGACGCAAACAAUCUCGCCGUCGUUAUGCUAAACUCUGCUAACUGCUGGCUCGGAGUAUCUCUUGAUUACCUUGGUGCUGCCAUCCUGUUUCUAGUUAUUACUACGAACAUAGUGGCUGCUCUCGCGGGAUACAUCGCCCCGGCCGAUGUCGGAUUAACGAUGACGUAUACGCUCCUAAUACCACAGUAUCUGAACUGGGUUGUAAAGAACAUGACACUUGUGGAGAUGUAUAUGAGUUCUGUCGAACGAAUCGAAAACUACGUCAGGCUGCCCUCGGAAGCUGCAUAUCGAGAAGAGCAAGCCAAAUCCAGUCAGCUGAUCCCGUUUAUUUCCAUUGGUGGUCCGGGCAGUCCAAGCAGCCCUAAUUAUGCGAGAGCACGAUGGCCACACUCUGGUGGAGUGGCAUUUGAAAAUAUUACUCUCAAAUAUGACACUUCGAACCAACCUGUGCUUAAUGGCGUCGACAUAGUCAUUAAACCUGGGGAGAAGGUGGGCAUCUGCGGCCGAUCAGGUUCGGGAAAGUCUUCCCUUGUGAUGGGCCUUUUCCAGAUGGUCCCUUUGACACAGGGUAACAUCCGUAUCGAUGGUAUAGACCUCGCUAAGGAAGAUGUCCACGAAGUCAGGUCCAGACUAUCUAUGAUACCUCAAGAUCCAAUACUCUUUGAGGGAUCAGUCAGGUUUAACCUCGACCCUGAAGGAAUUUAUUCAGAUGAGGAGCUAUUUUCAGCUUUAGAAAAAGCUAAUGUCAAAGACAUUGUUAUUGAAGCCGGCGGAUUAGAUGCCGAAAUUACAGAAGAGGGUUCAAAUCUAAGUUCAGGGGAAAAACAGCUAUUUUGCUUAGCACGGACAAUUCUGCGUCCCUCGAAAGUCCUUGUGUUAGAUGAAGCUACAUCCUCAUUAGACGUUUCGCUAGAGGAUAAAAUGCUGGAGAUUAUACAAGAUGUUUGGAAAGAUGCAACAGUAAUCGCAAUUGCGCACCGCGUGACAUCAAUUGAGCGAUUUGACCGUGUAAUCGUUAUGGAACAGGGUUCGAUCGUCGAAGAAGGCGAUCCUAGGAUGCUGAAAGAACAGGAAGGCUCACAGUUUAGAGCACUUCUUCAAUCCUACAAAGCCGCUACUGAAAAAAAAAAGGAUCACUUAUAAUUUUUGAAGUAAACAAAAGUGAGCUUCUUACUAAUACUUAAUAAGAUAUGAUGCUAAAUUUUCCCUCCAGCGUUAUGUUAAGCCAAGCUAUAACGCAUCUUAAUUAAUAUAUUUCACACUUUUGGGUUACUUAACUACGUCGUUAGUUUAUUACAAAUAAAAACAUCCAAAGUGCUUUUAAUCUAAAUGAUAGUUAGUCGUCUUAAGUCUAAGGCGAUAAAUUCUACGCAUAAAUUAUACGAACGAGGACGAACCGAUACCUUGUCGCAGCACAGACGAGCAGAAUGUCAUAGAUAACCUUAAAAAACGACUUACUUAAACGUCAAACGGAGUUAUUAGGGUGUUUACAGAAGCUCACUUUAAGACUGGGUGGUUAUAUUCUAAAGUAACAAUAACAGAGCUCCAGGAAAGGUAUUAAACUUUGGAUCAGGGCAGAGCUAUAGUGGCUCUUUAAAAUGGCUGGAACAUCCACUUGCAAUA